GUCAGCCAUGUUCUUUUAUAGUUAAAUGAUAAUGGUCAGCCACCUCGGUAGCUUGCUAGCUGAAACAUCGAAGCUCUUUAGACUCGUUCAUGUAUAUUAUCCACUGUGUUUUAAACUAACUUAUGUCGUCUAGCUAGUUAUCCCAUUUAAUUUCAUAUUUACAUUGUUGUUAUUAGUCAGCUAGCUGGCUGGUUUAGUUCACUAGCCUAGAUAGCUAACUGUUAGCUAGCAUCUCCGACCAUGAGUUCACUGAGCUGCUCUCCUCCUGCUAAAGAAGAGGAGGUCUGCUGGACGGAGAAAGAGGGUCUGUGGCUGAACGUUGUCGUGAAAGAGGAAGAGGAAGAGGAGGAUGUCACAGUAACAAAAGUAGAGGAUGAGGAUGUUGCAGUGAAAGAAGAAGAGGACGAGAAAGAGGAGGAUUCAGAUUUUGGAGAGGAGGGAGAGAUAACUGGUAUAUUGGAAGAAGAAGAAGAGGAGGAGGAGGAUCUGAUUAACCCCAAAGCUGACGAGGCAGAGAAGAGUCUCUCCACAUCAGAACACCUCAAGAAACACCAACGGAAACCUACAGGGAAGAAACUUCAUCACUGCUCUGGCUGUGGGAAGAGUUAUUCAAGAUCAGAUUCACUAAAAGUACACCAGAGAAUUCACACUGGAGAGACAUCUCACUGCUGCUCUGACUGUGGGAAGAGGUUUACCUCUUCAGCAGACCUCAAAAGACAUCAGAGAAUCCAUACAGGAGAGAAACCUUAUAGCUGUGAUCAAUGUGGAAAGAGUUUUAAUGUUCCAAGCAGCCUGAAAACACACCAGAGAACACACACAGGGGAGAAACCUUAUAGCUGCGCUGACUGUGGGAAGAGUUUCUCAAAAUUAUAUACACUACAAUCACACCAGAGAAUUCACACUGGAGAGAAACUUUAUAGCUGCUCUGACUGUGGGAAGAGUUUUUCAAAAUUAUAUACAUUACAAUUACACCAGAGAAUUCACACAGGAGAGAAACUUUUUAGCUGUGAUCAAUGUGGGAAAAGGUUUACUCACUCAAGCUGCCUGAAGGUACAUCAGAGAACACACACAGGAGAGAAACCUUAUAGCUGUGAUCAGUGUGAGAAGAAAUUUGUUACAUCUAGCAGUCUGACUAUACACCGGAGAUCUCACACAGGAGAGAAGCCUUAUAGCUGUGAUCAAUGUGUGAAACGGUUUACUUCAUCUAGCCAUCUGACUAUUCACCAGCGGACACACAAGAGAGAAACCUCAUAGCUGUAAUCAAUAUGGGAAGAGUUUUAGCCAAACAUCCUGAUAUUACACCAGAGAACACACACAGGAGAGAAUUCUUAUAGCUGUGAUCAAUGUGGAAAGAGAUAUGCUGGUAAAAUUUUGAAAAUACAUACAUGAAGUUGUUUCAUGAUAUCAAUAAAAUGUCACAAUGUAGAAUGUUAUUAACAUUGUAGUAGGAGUAUUUUAAUGAUGUCACUAUGUAGAAUGUUUUAACAUUGAAGUAGGAGUAUUUUAAUGAUGUCACAAUGUAGAAUCGUAAACGUUUGACCCCCUGUUCUAUUGAUUUCAGCGUGAUAUAGAUAUUAGCCUCGGGAUGAAUCCAGGCCUCAUCAGGGGAAGUAAUGAGUACUAUUUAUUUGAUUAACAAAAAAGUGAUUAACAAGAAAAAAGUUGUUACACUUGGCGCCUCAUUUGAAUGAGAAUGCAGCACUUCAAAAUGUAGCUAGCUGUUUUCUACAAAUUGUCCUAACCAGUGAUGUACACAUUAUUCCCAUAUUCUGUGGGGUGUUUGAGCUGUUCGUUUUAACAGGAUGUGCAACCUCUUCUCCCCCUCUCGUGCAAUUUAUUUCCAAAUGAUAUCGAUAUGAGUGAUGAUGAAUAAGUGUUGCAUUUCUCUUCAUUUUGGGGACCCCUAAAUUUAAUGCAUCAGUCCCAAAUGUAGCUGACUGUUUUCUGCAGGUUGUCCUCUAACCAGUGAGGUAAAAUAUAUCUCCCAUUUCCAUUUUUAGUUGCGUUAGUUUCAACAGCACAUACAACCUGAUUUCCCCCUAACAGAUGUAUUGCCAGUUGUCAAAACAACAGCGUAAUUAAUAUACUUACUACUAACUAACUUACGGGCGGCAGCCUAGUGGUUAGAGCGUUGGACUAGUAACCAAAAGGUUGCAAGUUCGAAUCCCGAGCUGACAAGGUACAAAUCUGUCGUUCUGUCCCUGAACAGGCAGUUAAUCCACUGUUCCUAGGCCGUCAUUGAAAAUAAGAAUUUGUUCUUAACUGACUUACCUAGUAAAAUAAAAAUAAUAAAUUACUGACUUUAUUUCCCCAUGGGGAAAUUUACACAUUUAAAGUGGCGUUUAAAUACAAAACAAGACAAUACAACUUUCAUAACAAUAAUAAGAAAUACAACUUUCUUUUUUUUAAAGAAGAAAAGACUAGCGUGCUGGCCUUACAGGGUCAAUGGGAACAUUCACCCGAGCUAUUUAGGAGGGAUAUCACACCUGGCAUGAAUGAUUGUCUCGUUCUGUUUUUUUCUGCUGAGGCCCAAUACCUGCGCCCAGAGGGAAGUAAUUCAAAGUCUUGGGGGUGGCUUGGGUCUAAAAUGAUGAUAUGAUAUGAUUACUACUGUGGAACAUGUUUGUGUAGAUAGUACAUUUUAUGUUAAACUUUUCAAUAUCACAAACUGUUUCUACAUAUUGGUUAUUGAUUUGAACAAGUUAUAACUCUUCUGAUUUGGGCUCCUCCAAAAUAGCAACAAAAAAAAUGUAAGAUUUUUUUUUUAUUUUAUUCGGAUGAUGUCUUAUUAUUAUUUAUUUUUUUAAGUGAAAGUUUAAAAUAGAAAAAAAGUGCAUUAUUGUCAAUACAUAUUAAAAGGGGUGUGUGUUCGGUUUGAUAUUUCAAAAUAUUUACAAUUCAUGUAACAUUUAGUCAUCAGAAUUAUUUGACAAUUUUUUGGUACAAUUAUAUUGUUUACUAACUUAUAUUUCUGGUUGGUAUUACAUCCUAUUCUAACUAUUUUAAUCAAUGGCUUUUCCUUAGAAUGAUCAUUAGUCUUUCAUUUUUUUUGUUAUUCUUUAGUUUUUUUAUCCUCGUAUGUUGUGUAAUAAAUAUUAAUUUAAUUUUAGUUUUUUUUUCCUAUGAAGCAAAAUUUCUGAAAUGUGAAAUGUUAUAUAAAUAAAGCUUGAUUUUAUUUGAACUUAUUGCAAAAACAAAUGAACCCAAUGUCUGACCAAUCAACACUCUUGCAAAACCAACGAAAAAAUAUGUGCUUGAGGCGUCACUACAGACACCCUGGUUCGAAUCUAGGCUGUAUCACAACAGGCCGUGAUAGUGAGUCCCAUAAGGCGGCGCACAAUGGGCCCAGAGUCGUCCAGGUUUGGCCGUUUUUGGCAAUCUUUGUAAAUUAUAAUUUGUUCUUAACUGACUUGCCUAGUUCAAUAAAGGUUCA